AUGAAAAUUGCACCGAAUAUAAUCGGAAUAUUAUUUAUUUCGAUUCUUAUUGAUUUUUUGGAAUUUACAAUUAUUUUACCAUUGUUACCAAAAAUAUUAACUUAUUAUGGAAGUGGAACUGACAUUAGCCACGAUACAGUUUAUGUAAAAACAAUAUCAUUUGUUCAAUUUAUUCGUGAUCUAACUGGAGCACCAAAUGAUGCUAAAUGGAAUUCUGUUUUAUUUGGAGGAAUAAUUGGCUCACUCUUUUCUUUUCUACAAUUUUUUUCAUCAACAUUAUGUGGUGCUGCAUCGGAUCGAUAUGGUCGAAGACCAGUGCUUCUUCUUUCCAUGAUUGGCAUAUCACUGUCAUAUGCAAUAUGGUGUGUUUCAUAUAAUUUAACAAUUUUUAUGUUAGCACGAGUCAUUGGCGGACUUUCAAAAGCAAAUGUUGCUAUUAUUUUAGCUAUUGUUUCAGAUUCUACGACAGAAAAUGAACGAAAUCGAGCAAUGGCAUGGAUCGGUGCAGCUUUUUCACUUGGCUUUAUUUUUGGACCAUUACUUGGUGCUAUAUGUAGCCAUUUGGGUAUUGUUUAUUGGCCAAAAUCAACAGUGAUAUUUUUUAUUUUUCCUGCUGUUGUCUCACUUGUAUUAUCAUUUAUUAACAUUGCUUUUGUUACUCAAUAUUGUCCAGAAACAUUGCCAGUAUCCAAACGAGUGUCUAAAAAAACAACGAUAACAGACAUUUAUAAUACAAUUUUACCUUGGCAUUUGUUUAGAUUUACUGCUAUUCAUAAUGUCAAAUCUGUGGAUGAUAUAACGAUUCUACGUAGAUUAGGUUUAGCAAGUUUUUUAUAUAUGAUUGUAUUCGCUGGUCUCGAAUUUACAAUUACUUUUCUUGUUUACAAUCGAUUUAAUUGGAAUAGUAUGCAACAAGGCAAAAUGUUUUUUAUCAUGGGUUUAUGUAUGGCUCUAGUACAAGGUGGCUAUGUAAGACGAAUACCACAUGGAAAAGAAAUAACGGCAGCUACAAGUAUAUACGAUAGAGAUAUUUCGUUUAGGAUUGCUGCUUUCGAUAAUUGA